AUGGCUCAAGCAGUUGACGACGUUUCGAAUGCUAGCAUUGCUAUGUCUGAAAAAAAUCUCAAUUCGGAUGAGGAAGGACUAUCUACUGACGAGGAAGAUGAUUUGAACCGCCUUUUGAUAGAAUCUUGUAGUGAAAGAAGUGAACUCAGUGAGGUUGAUGAAUAUUUUGAAGAAGACGAUGUGGAUCUAGGACGGAAUAAUGAUUUAGUGGAAGCUGUUGGUGCAAGAGACCGAUCUCCGAUUGUUCGGGUAGACUCCGGAGUAGAAAAGUAUUGGAGCACAAAGACUCUUUACCACGGUCUUUGGGCAAGGAAGAUGCUUUCUCGUAUGCGAUACAAGGCACUUAUGGCGUUCCUACAUGUCGUGGACCCCACCAACGAGACUCCCGGUGAUAAACUGCGUAAGGUUGACGAAUUCCUUGCAUCAUUCAAACAGCGAUGCAAGGUGUUAUACCAACCUUACCAGAACAUUGCUGUGGAUGAACGUAUGGUGAAGUCCAAACAUAUAUCAGGUAUCAAACAAUGCAUGAAGAACAAGCCAACAAAGUGGGGUAUCAAGCUGUGGGUGUUGGCGGACAGCUCUAAUGGCUACACCGUCGACUUCAAUGUUUACAUAGGUAAGUCAAAACAUGAAACACCAUCGAGUCAUGGCCUUGGCUAUGACGUGGUGAUGAAAUUGGUACAACCAUAUUUAGGUCAGGGUUAUCAUGUCUACUUUGACAACUUUUUUUCAUCUCCUAAGUUGGUGCAGGAUCUAUUUUCACUUGGCACGCCGUCUUCAGGUACAUGUAGAGUAGACAGGGAGGGUUUUCCGAUAUCAAUGAAGAACGCGAAGGAGUGGGCGAGGAAGAGAAUGCGAGGCAGCAUGAGAUGGGAGAGGGAAUCGAAUGUCUUAACGUUACAAUGGGUGGAUAACAAAACUGUUUCGUUAGUGACAUCGAUUGAUUCAGCCAAUGAGAAGGUGGUUGCGACGAGAAGAACGAAAAAGAAAGGAGUAUUUUCAGAGAUUAGUGUAAACAAGCCCUAUGCAUUUCAUAGAUAUAAUCAGUAUAUGAAUGGAGUAGACAGAUCAGAUCAAAUGCUUGCGUAUAACAAUGUCUCUCGGAAGUGUUAUAAGUGGUGGAAGACUCUGUUUUUCCACCUUAUCGAUAUGGCAGUAGUUAACGGCUAUCUUCUUUUUCAAGAACAUCGUAAAAGCAAUCCAGGUAAGAAGGCUCUUGAUCGUAGUAGCGGAUAUAGUGUAGUUGAUUUUAGAGAAGAAUUGAUCAGACAGAUUUGUGGAUUAGCCGAAUAUGACGUACCUCCUGUAAACGAGAAAGUUCGGCCUGUUCCUCCUGAUGAUCUGUUCUGUACUGUCCAUUUAAUUCGUUCAAUUAGAGACGUGAGACGCACUUGUGUCGUGUGCUAUCAAGCUGGUCGGGGACAGAAAAGAGUUAAGACAUACUGCAGUGCCCCACAGUGCAAUAGGUAUAUGCAUGUAGCUGGUGAGUUUGAUUGCUUUAAUGAAUGGCAUCGUAGAGAUUAUCCUGGGAGGUCAUGA